CCUGGGCCGAGCAGAGCGGGGCGGGGCAGAGCGGAGCGAGGACCCAGCGGGUCGGCUGAGGUCGCGCCAGCGCUCCAUUACGGACCCGCGCCCCAUUACGGACCCCUGCGCUAGCUCUCCGGGUUUAGCGCCAGCACACCCCACCCAGCACAGCUGAGGACCGACUCCGGGGAAAUCGACGCCCGGGGGCUGCUCGCCAGGCUGGCUGACCCGGGCUCGCGGGUCCUCGGGGGCGCGCGCGCCUGGACGCCGCCGCGGACGAUGCUGCUGCUCCUGCAGCUGUGGCGUCUAAUAACGGAGAGCGCGGCAGUUUUAAUUCUUCUGACAUUGCUACCCGAGCCUGACCUCAUCCUGGAUUUCCCCACGGCUGCCCUGGGGCCUCGCCCUCCUGCCACACAGAUGUUGGAACGCUUAUCAGCACAGAUGGAGAGCCCCUGGGGGUUGCCUGUGGUGGCCGAUGGCCCAGCUUCCUUAGCGAAGAUGGUGAUGGCAGAACUAGCCAACCUGAAGUUAGAAAACAAACCAUGGCCUGGAGGGACACACUCUCUCCACUACCACUACCUGGCCUUGUCAGAGCCAGGCCCGGACCUUCCCCAGUUUCUGGCUGUAGGCUACGUGGACGACCAGCCCUUCAUCCAUUAUGACAGUCGUGUGGACAGGGCCAAGCCCCAGGCCCCGUGGAUGGCAACUGUGGAUGCCCAGUACUGGGAGACAGAGACUCAGAAGCAGAGGGCCUGGGCAAAGGUGCAGCAGGUGGAGACGUGGACCGUGAUGGGCUACCACAACCAGAGCACUGGCAUGCACAGUACCCAGCGGAUGUUCGGCUGUGAGAUCCGGGAGGAUGGCCACACCCACAGCUUCUGGCAGUUCAGCUUCGAUGGGCAGGACCACCUGUCACUGGACCUGGAGACUCUGAACUGGGUGUCGGCCAAACCUGCAGCCAUGCGGACCAAGAGCUGGUGGGAGACAGAGCGCUGCUACGCUGAGUACGACAAGGCCUACCUGGAAGGCCUCUGCCUUGUUUCCCUGCGCAGGUACCUGGAGCUGGGUGGCCAGAGCCUCACCCGGAAAGAAAUCUCCACAGACACAGAACCAAACAGGAUGUGGAGAGAGAGAGUUAAGGAAUCGGCUCACGUGACCAUGGAGGAUUGGGAGUUCCGAGAUCUGCAGCUGGCAAGCCAGAGACCCAGGAGAGCCAGUGUUUCAGUUUCAGUCCAUAGACAGGAAAAGACUGAUGUCCCAGCUGCAGGAGAUCAGGCAGGAGAGCCGCCCACGGUGCAGGUGACAAGACACACAGCUCAGGAUGGCGGCAUCACACUGAAAUGCUGGGCCCGGGGCUUCUACCCACGGGACAUCUCAUUGAGCUGGUGGCUGGGUGAGGAGGAGCUGGUGCUAGAGACUGAGUAUGUGGAGACACGCCCCAGUGGAGAUGGCACCUACCAGACGUGGGCAGCUGUGCAGGUGCCAGCCAGGAUGGAGGACCGGUACACUUGCCAUGUGCAACACUCUGGCCUGAACCACACAUUCACUGUGACCUGGGAAGCACCCCCUCAUCAGUGGAUAACCAGUGCUGUGGUUAUCCCCAUGUUGAUCUUUCUCUUGCUGACGGCUGGAGUGCUGAUCUUCAUCAAGCAGUACUCUCAAGCCAGGAAUCAGGAAUCUUGCAAACGAGCCCCAGGUGGAGAGGACCCUCCAGUGAGCCCAGUGAGAAUGGAGGCUGCUCAGCUACUCUGUUGACACAUGUUCACCGUCAGGUCAAGGAGGUGUUUUGUGGGGUGUGUGGGGGCCUCCAGGGCACUAGCUGGCUGGCCGCAGUGACCCCACUGUGAAGGGCCCACCCCAUCCCAAAAUGGAGCCCUCCAUGGCUCCAUCAGCCUCACUCCAAGCAGUUUGUGCCACUAAGAUCACUUUCUUCAUCUUCCUGAAGUCCUUUUCCAAGUCUGUCUCCUGUCCGAGGAGGGCAGGAGUAAUUCCUUGGAUGGGCUCUCACUGGACGGUUAGCAAGCAGAAUGCUUUCCUUUUUUUUUUUUUUUUUGUAUUGUUUUGUUUUUAAAGAUUUUAUUUAUUUAUU